AGUUGAUUUAGUUCGGUGCCGACCUUUCGCGGGUUAUGUUGUGUGUUGCCCCUGUGUGAUUUGAAGCGACGACGCGACGGGGAACUUUUGCUAUCGCUGGAAUAUCGCGCGCGCGAGCCUAUUCGAUCAUCGUGCGUGAGUGUCGUGUCACCGUCCGUGUAUCCUCAUCUCCACCCUCUCUUCUUUACGGAAACGGAUCCUUAAGCUUCCGGUGAAUUGUCGUGCCCAGCCGAUCUCGCUAGGGUCCUGUCGGGAAUUGCGUGAUAAGAUUUGUUAUUUAAUCUGCUUUUCGUGUGUUACGGAUUACCUUUUCCCAGUUUUCGUAAGAUUUUGGUUGGAAGAAGCUAAGAAAAACAUUAUCCGGGACCCCGACGAAAAUUUGGUCAAUGCCACUCCUGUUUAUCAUUUAUCACGGCGUUCUUUGAUGCUCGGAAAGAAUCGAACAAGUGAACACGCACAAGCCAAAACACGGGUCCAUGUUAGGUCAACCAGUUUACGGAUAGCGGCCAUUCGACGAUGAAGAAAACCUAUGAGAAAUACGGUACAACUGGCAAUUAAAAAUCCACCGAUCAUCAAGUAGCGUCGUAAAUCACACCCUGUUACACCCACCACCGAAAAAAAUAAAUUAUAUUAAUACGAGGGAGCAACAAAGCGGAAAUGAGCUCGUUCACCUUGUUCAACAAAUAGUUAAUCAAUUGUGGUAGCAAUAAAAUAUCAACCAAAAAAAUCACUUGAUUUUUAUCAGCUUCUGUUCCGCCUUUUCUCUCUGUUACUAAAGUCUGAGCCGCUGUAAUUUUUUUUUUAUCAACAAGUAGUGCGUGUGCCUUAAACCAGUUCUGUGGAUAGUGAUCGCAGCGUUUUUAUUGUACAUCAUCAAUUUCGGACGAACCCCUUCUGUGGAAGCCAUCUACAAAACCUGUAUUACACCAGUCAACCAAGGAUUAAAGUGUAUCAAGUGAAAACAAAAAAAAAAGUAUAUAGGAAGUGACAUCCACCCCUAUCCCGCCCCAAACUAGCCUGAGCCCCUAUGGUCAUGGCGGAGAUUGGUGGCCCCUUGGCGCACCAGAUGAAUCCGCUGCAGAGUCAUCGCGGAGGUCUGGUGCAGCCGUCGCUGGUCAUGAACCAGCAUCACCUGGACCCGCUGGACAAUGGCGGCGGGGGAACGUGUCACGGGCCCAGCAUACUACCAAAAAAGGAACGCCUCUCGCUGUGCGUCGGAUGCGGCGGCCAGAUCCACGACCAGUAUAUCCUCCGGGUCGCGCCGGAUCUCGAAUGGCACGCGGCCUGCCUCAAGUGCCAAGAGUGCCGCCAGUUCCUGGACGAAAACUGUACCUGCUUCGUGAGAGACGGCAAGACGUACUGUAAGCGAGAUUAUGUUAGGUUAUUCGGUACCAAAUGUGAUAAAUGCGGAAGCUCCUUUAGUAAAAACGAUUUCGUGAUGCGGGCCAAAACGAAAAUCUACCACAUAGAGUGCUUUCGGUGUUCCGCCUGUACGAGACAACUUAUACCUGGAGACGAGUUUGCGUUACGGGACGGAGGAGCGCUGUAUUGCAAGGAAGACCACGACCACCUGGAAAAGUCAACGGCGGGUAGCCUAAUACCGGGCGCGGAACCAAACAACAACAGCAUCAGUGGCAGCGUCAACCAAAACAGCAGUAGCAACAACAAUAACAACAACAAUACUAGCCUAAGCAAUAACAACCACUCGAGCGAGCUGGGAUCGAUGUCGGACUCCGGCAGCGAAUCCGGUUCGCACAAGAGCAUCCGCGCCAACCGAACCAAUGGACCCUCGGACGGAAAACCAACCCGGGUGCGGACGGUUCUCAACGAAAAACAACUGCACACGCUACGAACCUGCUACAACGCCAAUCCCCGACCGGAUGCCCUCAUGAAGGAACAGCUGGUUGAAAUGACCGGCCUUUCGCCACGUGUCAUCCGAGUGUGGUUCCAGAACAAGCGCUGUAAGGACAAGAAGAAAACCAUCCAGAUGAAGAUCCAGAUGCAACAGGAAAAGGAAGGUCGCAAGCUGGGCUACGGAAUGCAGGGAAUCCCAAUGGUCGCCAGCUCCCCGGUUCGGCAUGAUUCUCCACUGAAUCUGCACGGUCUGGAGGUAACCUCCUAUCAGCCCCCGUGGAAGGCGCUGUCCGACUUUGCGCUGCACUCGGACCUGGACGGAAACGGAGUCAUCAACCCGCACACGCCCGCCUUCCAGCAUCUGGUCAAUCAGAUGCAUGGCUACGACGUCGGUGGUGGUGGUGGAAUGCCCCAAAUGCCCCCACAAGGCCAGGGUCCUCCAAUGGGGGCUCACAUGGACAUGAGCGGGCACCAUCCUGACAGUACGGAUUCCUACGUGACAUAUCUGGAGAGUGAAGACAGCAUGCAGGGCAGCCCGUAAGGUUGGAGGAGAUACAAUUAAAAAAAAAUAAAAAUACACAACACAAAACUCGCGCAACUGAAUCCCUCAGAUCGUCAGCAGAUCGAGGUUGAUCAGCAGAUAGUUCAGUAAUUUCUAGAACCAUUUUUCCUCCCGGAAGGAAAACGGUUUCAAAAAAUCGCAAACAGGUGGCAAUAUAUGUUUUUAGUUUUAGGUAAGGCUGCGGAAAUGUCCUGUGUAAUGAUAAUCUAGAAACAUUUCAAAGAUAUUCUUAAUUUAUUGAAACAGAAAAAACACGCGGUAUUUUAUUUUCAAACCAGUUUUGUACCCUCGGAUUUCUAGCCAAUCGUACUUCAGCUAAUUCGGUUUAAACAAUCUUGUAAAUAACUGUAAAUGAGGAAUUAAAGUAAAAAUGUAUCAUAAAAAACAAAGCAAAAAAAAAAACUAAUCGAGCAAGUUUUGUUAGCAAAAAAGGCCGGUAUCAAAAAAACUAUAGAACCUUAAUCGGAAUCGGGCAUUUUUCGCUCAUCAACCCAAAUGAUGGUAGUAGAAUAAUCAAAUUCUCAAAGUUACAAUGGUCUCUUAAGUGUUAAGCCGUUUUUUUUUGUAAAUCAAUUAUCUGAUUGUACAUACACAUGCGAACCACAGAAAAUCCUACCGGCUCACCGUUAUAAUUUAUUAGUCUUAGUGUACCCAAUAGGAGGAUAAAAGAGAAAAGGAAAGUCGCUACAAGAAAACGCAGGAAGGAAAUCGACGGAAGUUGAAUCUAGAACUGUGAUUCGGUUUUUAAAAACGGCGCUGAUAACAAACAGAAAAAACUAGCAUUUUAAAUCAGAUCACAUCAAAUUAAAACAGACAGUGUGAAUAGAAUGAAAACCAUCAACAGUAAGAACAACAAAAAUUUCAAACACUUUUGAAACUUGGCACGUAAAUAGCACAACCCGGAGCUCUAAACCUGUAAACAAUUGACCUAGUUCGAGCAAGCGCAAAACCAUGUACGAUACACUCUGGAACCAUUAACUGUAAUGAAGAAAUAAACUAGAUCGAUUAUAAAUCAGCAAUUUUAAUCUGAAA